UUCUUGGCGGCAAAAGAAGAGAGGAAGAAGAAUAGCCGCGAUAGAAGAUGGCUUCAGCAUUUGGGUGGUUCGGUCCUCUCAUCGAUCUCUCGAAAGCCUCUUCUCACAUCGGCGACUUCGUUCAGCUUCUCGUCUUCGUUCACCGUUCCUUCCCCGUUCAGUGCAAGUCCUCCAAACGAGUAACAACCCGAACCGACAUUGAAGUCGGUGACGAUACGACGCCGUAUUUCCUAGUUUCUCUUUGGCAGAAAAACAUGGCGUCCAUGGUUGCCGCCGGCGAUGUCCUCUUGUUACAGAAUUUCAAGAUUGCGAAAUAUGGCGACGCUGUUGAGGCCAGAACCGUUCAGUGGUCCUCUCUGAUUUCCUUGGUCCACCCUCGCCAUUCUCUUCUCUCCAAGGCUGUUGAAGAGUUGGUAACAGGUUGCCGUGUUGGCGCAACAACGAAGGAUAAGCUUAGGAGGGUCAUAAAGUGGGUGCAGCAGUCUCGUUCCACUAUUUGCAACAUCAAGUUGCACUCCAAUCAAACGCAGCAAAUAGAGCGUCUGCCAAGAAACUGGACGGUUCUUGAAGAGGAAAGACCUAGGGACUGCUUUUCACUCAUAGAAGUCUCUCUGCUAACAACAUCCUGCAAGGCGAUAGUCUGUGCAUCUAUUGGUGAAAUUGUUCCACUGCAUACCUCCAGGACUCUUGGUGAUACCAAGAACGAGAAGAUUUUCAUUAGUAGGAGAGUUUACAGAACUAAGGAUGCUAACUUGGUCGAUGAUCUCAUAUGCACUGGCUGCCAGCUCUGCGGUUCACCCUUGGAUUCAAAACUUGAGCAAAGUGCUGUUCCACUGAUCUGUUGGAAAAGUUCAACCCGCCUUCACUCAAUAUGCUCGAUAUAUAGACCCUUCAUGCUAUACUUGUGGGACGAGUCUGAUUACAUGCCAGUUCUCGUUAAAAAUAGGACUGCAGAAAUCUUGUUUGGGAACAUAAAGGCUGGAAAAGUAUACUCAGCUUAUAAAGAACAAAUGCAUAACCAAAAUCUUGGUCCAAGAAAUGAAUGCAAGGAUAAAGAUGCCAGUGAAAGACCUGCUAUUAACCCAAGACCCUCUGGUGAAGGACUUAAGAGUGCCAAUACGUUAGAGGUGGAUAAGGGCUUGGAAUCGGAGGAUAAGCAUCUUCCUGAUAAGUUCAACUUUUACCGUGUCUGGUUAAUUCUUCUGAAAAUGCUGCUGAAGCAAGGAAAGAACAGUCCUCUGAAAUUUGAGAUUAAUAUUGAUCCUAGCUUAGAUAUCGAAAGUGGAAAAUUUGAAAUGGUUUCUGCAAAGAUGCCUUGUUUUGGAACCAAAUGAUUUCACCCGUCAUGAACUUUGCAUAUUUGCUUACGCAUCUUUCAAACAGCAAAUUCUUGAACACUCCCAUUCCCUCUUUUAAAAAUUAGUUU